AUGAAAAGAAUGAAGGGCAGCAAACUCAAGCAGAAGUACUUUAGUCACAAAGAGGGCAUAUUGUUACAACAUCAAUUGGCCAAUCAUGAGGCAUAUGCUGAGAGAAGAAUGAAAAUCUUUGCUUUCAAUGAACUUCAGAAGGCAACAAAUAAUUUCGAUCCCCAUAAGAAAAUUGGUCAAGGAGUUCUUGGAUCAGUUUACCGAGGAAUACUACCAGAUAAAACAGUGGUUGCCAUAAAGAAGUUGAAAGUAGUUAAUGCUGCAAGAAUUGUUAAUGAGGUGAUUGCUCUUUCUCAGAUCAACCACAGAAACGUAGUGAGGCUCUUAGGCUGUUGUUUACAGACACGCAAGCCUUUACUGGUUUACGAGUACUUCUCCAAUAUUGGCACUCUUUAUAACCACACAUAUGGGAGAGAGUCAUCACCAUUUUCAUUGCAACUGCGAAUGAAAAUAGCUGCAGAAAUCGCAGCUGCACUGGCAUACUUGCACUCCUCCACUUCCAAGCCCAUAAUCAUACACAAAAACGUGAAGACAAUGAACAUACUAUUAGAUGAUAAAUACAUGGUAAAACUGACAGACUCCGGAUUUUCACCGCUCCGGGGGCGCAUUAAAAUGCAAAGGACACUCGGAUACUUAGACCCGGAAUGUCUUCAUUCAAACACAUUAACAGGAAAAAGCGACGUGUACAGCUUUGGAGUUGUCCUAGCGGAGCUAAUAACAAGCAGGAGGGCAGCUUCUCCCCAUAGGCCUGAGGCAGAAAGAAGCUUGGCACAUGUCUUUGCUAGGGCAAUUGAGGGCGACAUCGGGGACUUGCAUGAAAUUCUGGAUGAAGAAAUUCUUGUGGGAGACAUAGAAAUGGUGGAAAAAGUGGCAGAUUUGGCAUAUAGAUGCAUAAGGGAAAGAGGGGAGGAAAGACCUUCCAUGAAAGAAGUAGCCAUGGAACUUGAGGCAUUGCGAAUUAUGGCCAAGCAUCCAGAGGGCAUGCUUAGUUUCUCUGAGUCUCCCGAAAGGACUGAGCACUUUGUUACACCACCUUCAGACGCUUACGUUGUUGAUGUUAGAGGUGAAGGCUUUGAUGAUGGCUCUAGCAUUAUUAGAACAAAUGCAGAAGAAAUUGGAUAUCGCAGGUUGCAAGAAGUAGAUUAUUAUUUGACCUGA